UGUUUCGAAGUUCCGGUUUGUGCUUGAGGUGGUAAAAUGUACGAACUUUGUUCGUAUGAUAACACAGCCAUGUUCCGAUUACAUUGAUAGCAAUCGUAAACACAAAUGACAAACAUAAGGCUCUUGGUUUUCCUCCUCCUGCUGCACGGACUACACACUGCUCCAGCACGAGAAAAGAAAUUGAAAAAAAAUGCUCAGCAUUACCCUGGAAGAGAUAAGGACCUGCCUAAGUCUGUAGUGUCAGCUAAAACAGGGAGGUUGAUUAAACAUGAUAAAAUGCAACUGGUGAUCAGACCCGGCAAAAGGUUGGGUGACUGCAAGAAAGCAUGCCAACAUGAGAACCUCAUAAAAUGUAACUUCUACAGAUUGAUGGAAACUAGAAGGUCUUGCUUGCUCAUGACAUCGAGAGGGGUUAAAGGCAAAUCCGAUGACCCCAAAAAAGGUCAAAAGGACAAGCAACUUAAAAAGCUUAUGAAGAAUCAGCAAGAUCAUACAAAGGAGCUAAAUGAGAUUACAAAAAUAUUGCAAAGGAUUGGUGAAGGUAGAUAUGGGAACAUGAAGAAGAUUCAGGAAGAUGCAAGGAAGAUGAGUGAAAGAAUUAAGAAGAUUCUAAAGGGCGAGGGGAAGAUGGGAACAGUUAUCCUUGAACUGUCAACCAAACUGAACAAAGUAUCCACAGAUGUGGCAUCAGUCAAGAUGGCAAAUGAAGAACUGACCAGACAGCUGUCCAGUUCUGAUUCCAAAUCCCCGAUUGUGGAUAGGAAGUUGGCACAUCUAGUGAGGGAUGUGGCAGAACUCAAAACAAGAACAGAGAUGAAUCCAACUGUCUUCAAAAUUACGAAGAAUCAAAGGAUAUUAGCAGAGGCACUCGAGUCCAUUGACAGAGAAUUGACAGUUUUUCAGAGCAAACUUAGCCACAUUGAUGAGAGAACUGAUGAGAUGAGAGGUCGACAGACAAGAGAAGAGCUUCAUAGAAAAACUAUCAAUGAUGCUCUUCAGGUACUAACAAAAGCUGUGAAGUCCCUGAGAGGAAACAUCAAGAAAAUUAUCAAUCCUGAGUCAACUUAUAAUAUUGAGAAGACAAACGCCAUGAAAGCAAUUCGGUCUCAACUUAGUAUAAUGACAAAAGCCAAUAAGAGAGUGGUCUAUGAUAUGACCCAAACACGGACAGAGCUGAACAGUCUGGUGAAAGAUCUUGUAGGCAUCCAGCUGGCUCACCAGAAGAGCGUCUUAAACAUUGAAGCACUUGGACAGGACAAUCUCCACGCCAAACAGAACUACAGGAUGCUGAAAACUGAUCAGGAUCAAAUGAUGACGAAGAUUCAGACGUUAGCUUCUGUGUACCGCAGUCUGCUGACAACUCUCCACAACCUGGAAAUCAAAGAGAUAAAUGUCAUGCAUAAACUUGAACACUAUGGAGAAUCUGUUUCAAAGCUAAAUGCAAAUUUUUUAGGAGUAGUGAAAGGGACUGGGAAGAGCUACGUGAAGGGGAAGAAGACGUCAAAAGACUUGGAGGACUUAUCACGUCUAUUAAAAUCCCAGAGGUACAUCUACAAGCAAGUGUUGGAGCUACGCAAAGAGUUAAAGAAAAUUAAAAAGAAGGCAGGAAUUCGCAGUAAAUCUAAAAAGGGAAGCAAGCGUCGUAAAAAGAAAAAACGCAAGAAAAAAGGCAAAGGCAUGCUGAACAUCUCCAAAAAGAUGAAGGGGAUUCGUGAAUUGACCAAGCUUGUAGCAAAAUAUAAAAAUAAGGGCAAAUAAUACAUUAAAAUUCAACGUGAUAGGGAUCCAUGGAAAACAAAGGGAAUCGAAGACAAGUCAAGAAGAGAAUGAAUGUCAGAUAUGUGAUGACAUGGUUUACUUUUUCAUACAUAGUCAAAUGCAAAAAUAUUAUAUACAAAGUACAUACAUAAUUGUAAUAAUAAUAAACAUCAUACUUAGCAUCAAGUAAUAACAAGUACAUGAUAAUAUUAUUAUACAUAAAGUACAUAAUAAACAGAGGACUGUGUCAAUCUGAUAUAUCUUGUCAACCCACCUCAUGUAAUAUCGGUUUAGUGGAAAAGUCUGAAUGGAUUGUUAGGUGUUCAGAACAGAUGUGAGUGAUCUUGGAAUUUGCUGGGUGCAUCCCAUUUUCAAUUAUCACCAUGUUUCAUAUAUCCAUUGUAUAUUGAUGAAUACCCUGAGCACAAUUGCCAACAUAGAUUUGAGUCAAAUAUUAUGAUGCUGAAACUAAAAGGUGGCAAUAGUUCAUUUGUAUUGUGUGCCGUCUCAAACACAACUGGGAAUGUCUUGUGACAUAAGGUCUUAAAAACGAUGAUGUUUCCGUGGUGAAAGUUCAUAUGUAACAGUCUCUUGUUUUGAUUAAAUUUAAUAAGGACUUGCUCAUUCAAGGCCACAAUUUUGAAUGUAUAUCAAUGCCUCGCUCAACAGAAUUAUUUCUGAUAGAAGAUCACAGAAAGUGAUUUUCGGAUAUGAUUGUUCCUCUAGUCUUAUUACACAGCAGUCUGUGACUUUGGCCUAUUGUCAAAAGCCUGAGUUUAAUAAAUUCUGUUUGGCCUAAGUUCAGCUAAAAAUUAGUCUAUAUGCUGAUGUUGUCAUUGCUCUAGACUUAUUACUCAGCAGCCUGCGACUUCAGCCACUAGACAAAAGUCUGAGUCUAGUAAAUUCUACUGAAAAUGUUCCUAAAAACCAUCAAGUUAGUAGACUCAGAACCUUUUAGCACAGACUGACUCUGUAUUAUGUUGUAUAUGCAUGUUAACACCCAGCUGUGUUUUUAUUUAGCACUACUACUACCAUCUGCCUACUCUGAAAACACUUCAGUUCUUGUGUGGAAUUAAUCCCAGGAUUUCUAUGGAAGUCAGCAGUUAGAUUAUCACUGGUAUCAUAAUCUGCUUUUCAUGUUCAUGAACAAUUUCAGAAGUGUUUUGUUGACUUCAGUUUGAAAACAUGAGUAAGGUUGAUUGUUUCAUAUCAUCCAAAACUGGCUUCGAUAUCACUGCAAUGAAAUGGCAUCACAAUGCUUUGUAGGCCAUUGUCAUCAGCUUCUAUGACGUCGCAAUCAGAUAACAUCGCAAUCAGAUGGUUAGCAUUUUCCACUGAAGACACUGAUUAUUACUGUUUACAAAAUAAAUAAGUAGGAAGGAUGAUAAAUAGAAUCUCACCCUUGUGUCAUGACUUCAAACUUACCGAUAAAAGUUCAAAACUCCCUGACAAGCCUCAGAGUUUUAAACUGUUAUCAACUUGUGUUGAUAUAUUGGCUAUUAAAAAACACUGGGUGAGAUUUUCUGUUUAACAUCUCCAUCAGAUUAUUAUUUAUUUUUUGGAAACCCUAUUGCACUGAUGCAUCAUUAGUUUUAUCCUCAGUAUCAGUGUUCAAGAUGAAAGUAAAGGCAUCCUUGUCAUAACCCAAAUGAAAACCAUUCAGGGAUCCAUUGAUCGAAAUAUCACUGUAGUAAGCCUCAAGGACACCAGAAACCCCCUUUUUUCAAACUUCUAACCCCAAGUAUCAUGAACAGAAUGAAUAUUAAGUUUCACUUGUCUUGCAUAUACAGGUCACCACUCAUAAAACCUUAUGAUAGGUUACAAUGGGUGGAGAAAAGAAUCAAAUCUUAAAUUCUUUGCCUAAAAUACAGUAAUAGUCUAGUGCUGAGAAUGUUAUUUACUUAUGACCUUUGUCAGGACAUAUUAUGUCUAGAAUUUUCUUAUUGUACUUAAAACUGUAGUAACUGUACAUAUUAUUUAGAUGUCUUGUAAAAUAGGAUCCUUGUGUAUAUUUGUCGAACCACGUCUGUGCCAAAAACUCAAAGAGCAAGGGAAUAGUUGAACAUUCCCAGUCAGAAUGUGACCAGUAAAUCAUAAUAUCUCACAAUAAAAGUUCACAAUCCCAAACACAACAGAACACAGUGUGGCAGUUGAUUAAUUCAUCCUGAAUAUGUUCUUUUACUAUCUUCACACCUACAUCUGGAUAAAAAUGGGUAAUCUUUGACCAACAUCAAAUAUGUGGCUCUAAAAGUUGACAUUAAAAUGUUUCACUACAAGUUGCCACAAGAAGGGGAUGUUCUUACCACUGAGGCAAAGUCUUCUUUUUGAUCUAGCCUCUCUGAUCACUAAACAGAAGCAUCCCAUGAAAGAUUCCAACUGGUUCCAAUGCAUGUCACUACAUGAAUAUCUUAUAAAUAAGAAAUGGUCUGGGGUUUGUUAGGAUGAAAGGUUACCCAUACAUUAUCUGUGGGUUGGGAGUCGUAAAGUUGUACAAAUAUUUAUGCAGCUAUAAGGGUUUCAAAUGUGUGGUUUAACUGCAUUCAGUUCAAAUAUAAUUCAGUUUUACGAUGUUGCUCCACAAUAAAAUGAGCAUGUUAUUCAUUCCAUAUUACACUUGAACUUAGUCUUUGUCUUUCGGAAAACCUACAUUAACCCCUGGAUACAUUCGGGUGGUUCUCACGAUCUCAAAUUACCUGCCCUUGAUUUUCAUGAACUUUUUACCAACCAAUCAAACAUUAGAUAAGAAAAAAGGAAAUGGGUAAGGGAGAACUUGAUACCGCCAGUUGUAAUGGACAUGACUACAUCCUUUUCAUCAGAAAGAUUUUUGAGGGCAUGUCAGUCAGUUUUCAGAGUUGAAUUUCUUGCAAACUCUUGUCAUUAAAGGGAUGUUCCAUGUUCUCGAAAUAUCGCCAACCCAAAAAUGAGGUUUGUUUGUAACUUGCAUUCUGAUUGGUUCGUUAGACUGAACAGCGUGGCGAAUCAAAGGUUUACCGACAUACGAGCCCUGAAGAUGUAGUGGUCUUUAACAUGGUACAUCCAAUACUGCACAAUGACAAACAGAAGAAGAGGAUAUUUGGAGGACCAUUUAAUGACUUACUUGGAGCAGUGAAUUAGAUGCAUCUGACUCCACAAUUUGUAGGCCUCCAUAUUUCUUGUGUAGUUAAGUAGUUUGUAUAUUUACUUAACUCGACUGGAGGACAUUCUUGUUAUUAUCUAUUUAUUUCACUUUUAUGUUUAGUGUAUAACUCAUGUAUUGUCAUAAAUAAAUGGUUUAUUACA